UAAAAGCUGAGAGGCAGAGGCCAGCCUGGAUUUAUGUUUCUUGUUUUGUAGUAUUAAUAAAUGUAAAAACACCCAAAAAAUACAGAGUCAAGACCCAUCUGCCUACUUACAUUCACACAGAAAGUGAACAGGCUCAUUUGAGAUGGGCAAGGUGAGUAAUUAAUUAAUGGGGCAGGAGAGAAAGUGUUAUGCAAGAGUUAUGUAAUUCUACUGGGAUCAAUACAGCCAUCUCGAUCACUUAUGUACACAGAUUUGUUUGAUUUAAAGUGCUCUUCCACUUAAACCCUGUAUCAGUGCUCACUGCAUUUGUGUGUGUGUUUACUUUUCUGACAAUUUGUUUUAUAUCCACAGCAUAGACCAUUCUUUGCUGAGCAGCUGACAGCCUUUGAGGUGUGGCUGACAAUGGGCGUGGAGAACAGAAACCCACCGGAGCAGCUGCCCAUUGUCCUGCAGGUCCUCUUAAGCCAGGUACACAGACGGAGGGCCCUGGAUUUGUUGAGGCAAUUUCUGGACCUGGGCCCUUGGGCCGUCAGUUUGGCUCUUUCAGUGGGGAUUUUUCCGUAUGUGUUAAAACUGUUGCAGAGUUCAGCAAGAGAGCUCAGGCCUAUUUUGGUCUUCAUAUGGGCAAAGAUCUUGGCUGUAGAUAGUUCAUGCCAAGCUGAUCUUGUAAAAGACAAUGGACACAAGUACUUUCUGUCAGUACUGGCUGACCCGGACAUGCCUGCUGAGCAUCGAACCAUGGCAGUCUUCAUCCUUGCUGUCAUUGUCAACAACUACAACACAGGACAGGAGGCAUGUCUGCAGGGUAACCUGAUUGCAAUCUGUCUGGAGCAGCUCAAUGACCCUUAUUCUCUUCUGAGGCAGUGGGUGGCAAUCUGUUUGGGCCGAAUCUGGCAGAAUUUUGAUUCUGCACGCUGGUGUGGAGUUCGAGAUAGUGCCCAUGAGAAGCUGUACAGUCUCCUGUCUGAUCCUAUAGCAGAGGUGCGGUGUGCAGCUGUGUUUGCAUUGGGUACAUUUGUGGGGAAUUCUGCUGAGAGAACUGAUCAUUCUACCACCAUUGAUCAUAAUGUGGCUAUGAUGCUAGCACAACUCAUUAACGAUGGAAGUCCCAUUGUGAGAAAGGAGCUGGUUGUUGCGCUUAGUCACCUAGUCAUACAGUAUGAGAGUAAUUUCUGUACUGUGGCUCUGCAGUUCAUGGAGGAAGAGAAAAACUAUGCUGUACCAUCUCCUGCAAAUUCCACAGAGACAGGAAAUGUUACCCUUGGUAGGGACAGUCCUACCAUCCCUCGUUUACGAUCAGUGAACUCCUAUACAAACCUAAGAGCUGCCACCACUGCUCGAACCCUGAAUAAGAGUCUUCAGAACCUCAAUCUCAAUGAGGAGGGUGGUCCCGCAGCAUUCUCUCCAGGGAAUCUGAGCACCAGCAGCAGUGCCAGUAGUACUUUGGGCAGCCCUGAUAACGAUGAAUACCUCCUCUCCUUUGAAACCAUCGACAAGAUGAGGAGAGUCAGCUCAUACUCUUCCUUGAAUUCUCUCAUUGGAGUCUCUUUUAACAGUGUAUAUACUCAGAUUUGGAGGGUGCUACUGCAUCUUACAGCUGAUCCAUUUCCAGAUGUCUCUGAUCUGACCAUGAAGGUUCUAAACAGCAUCGCAUACAAGGCCACCAUCAAUGCUCGUACACAGAGGAUUCUGGACUCAGGAUCUCUGACCCAAUCAGCACCUUCCAGCCCCACCAGCAAAGGAACACUCAUACAUCAAGCAGGCGGAUCUCCACCUAUGCCUGGUGCCUCCAGCUCCAGCCUCACAAAUGAAGUGCCCAAACCGCCGGUCCAAGAGGGGCCUCCCUCUCAUCCACCAUACACACCAACUCUGGGUAGUCAGGCGCCCCACUCGCAGCAGUUCCCACGCACCAGGAAGAUGUUUGACAAGGGCCCUGAUCAGACUGCUGAGGAUGAAGAUGAGACCGCCGCUCACAGGAGCUUCAUCAGUGUGAGUCUGCAGACGGGUCUUUGUGACUGGAGUGCCAAAUACUUUGCUCAGCCCAUCAUGAAGAUUCCAGAGGAGCAUGAUUCGGAGAGUCAGGUUCAUAAGGAGAGAGAGUGGAGAUUCUUACGCAAUGCACAAGUACACAGACAAAGCCAAUGCAUCACUCAAAGAGGAGUGACACGGUUAGAUGAUCAGAUCUUCAUCAACAGAAACCCAGGUGUUCCAUCAGUGGUGAAGUUUCAUCCAUUUAACCCCUGCAUCGCUGUAGCUGAUAAAGACUCAAUCUGUUUUUGGGACUGGGAGAAAGGAGAGAGGUUGGAUUAUUUCUACAAUGGGAACCCACGAUACACACGCAUUACAGCUAUGGAGUACCUUAAUGGGCAUGACUGCUCUCUCCUCCUCACUGGCACUGAUGAUGGAGCUUUGCGAAUUUGGAAGAACUUUGCUGACCAGAGGAAUCCAGAAAUGGUCACAGCGUGGCAGGGGCUGUCCGACAUGCUGCCCACUACACGAGUGUUUGGAAAAAGCUGUCGGAGUUUCCAAUCUUCCUGCAUGACGCGGGACUUUAGAGACGCCCAUGGGUGCUUUGGUUUGGCCCGACGGGUCUCAAUCUGUCUUGACAGAAGUAAGCAGGGAGGUUCAGGUAUGGUGGUGGACUGGGAGCAGGAGACUGGCCUCUUGAUGACGUCAGGUGACGUUCGAGUCAUACGGAUCUGGGACACAGAAAGGGAAAUGAAAGUGCAGGACAUCCCAACAGGAGCAGACAGCUGUGUGACCAGCCUGUCAUGUGAUCCUCAGCGGUCACUGGUAGCUGCUGGUCUUGGAGACGGAUCGGUUCGGGUGUAUGACCGCAGAAUGGGACCUAACGAAUGUCGUGUGAUGACAUAUAGGGAACACGGUGCUUGGGUGGUGAAGGCAUAUCUGCAGAAGGAGCCUGAGGGACACAUUAUCAGUGUCAGUGUUAAUGGAGAUGUGCGGUUCUUUGACCCACGGACACCAGAAUCAAUUAACAUCUUGCAGACAGUGAAAGGACUGAUGGCUCUGGACAUCCAUCCACAGGCAAACUUGUUCGCUUGUGGCUCUAUGAAUCAGUUUAUAGCUGUGUAUAACUCCAAUGGGGAUGUGAUCAGCAACAUUAAAUACUAUGAUGGUUUCAUGGGCCAGAGAAUUGGAGCCAUCAGCUGCCUGGCCUUCCACCCUUACUGGCCUCAUCUUGCUGUGGGCAGUAAUGACUACUACAUGUCCAUCUACUCAGCAGAGAAGAGACUCAGAUAACAUCAUGACCACUCACCUUUCACCCCUGCUGCCCCCCUUGGAUAGUCAGAGAGGUCGACCUGAAGACAGAAGACUAGGAAGUGAUGAACUUCCCUAUGCUCUGUGUUCAAGGCUGACUGUGGAAGGCCUGUUGUUCAGUGGGUUCUCUCCUAAGCCCCGUGCCUCGUCAUAUCUCUGCUGAAGUACAGUUGGAUGUGCUCUUCUGAAAAACUCUGUCAAUCUUACUGUAGAGCCAUAAUUUUUUAAGUGUGCAGGCGUGCAAUUCUUGUGUGAAGAAAUAGCCAACAGAUGCGGUGUUCUUUCUCGCCAAUCACAACCUCCCACACACUAUGCCAAACCCUCUCUGCAUCAAAACACAACAAUUUAUUGUAGUUUUACACCUCAACAUCACAUAGAACUCUGAUCUCAAAGCACUGGACACGGAUAACAGGGCCUGCUGUUCAAUUGCAUCCACACUAAGAACUGUGGAGCCUGAGAGAAACACAAGGUUCUUAAAGAUACUGUAAGCUCACAAAAUCAGGAUAAAGAUUUGUAUAGAUUUCACGACAGAAAUGUAAAGAUAAGAAAGAGUGAGUUUGCCAUAUAUUUUUGCCUGGGCAGUACAAUAACCUCAAGGUUUCCAAGUGUUUUUUUUUUUUUUUUUUACUACUUGUUUUGCAUUCAAGAGUCAUAUAGUUUUUCUCUCUUUACACACAUAGCCAACUAAAAUUGUUCCAGAGCCUCGUCAGAUAAAAGAAAUAUCUGUUCUCCAUGCUGGAAAUGCAACAUUACCUACUUUGCAUUACCUACUGUACAAAUUCAUUUGGUCUUAAAAUUAAAGAUGGUCUCUGUUGUUAUUUUUCCUCAAUGAAAAAUGAGUGCAGUUGACAGAACUGAAAAAGGACUAUUUCAUAUUUUUAGCCUCUCAUGAUGUUGGACCUGAUCUGUUUCCUCUUUCACUUUCCCUGUAACUAAUGUACAGUCUCCAGGUUACCCAUGGAGUGACACAGCAUUAUGUGGGAUUAAAUACAAGUAUCAUGUCUCAUAUAAGCAUCAUAUAAGUAUCAUAAGUAUCAUAUAAGCACCACUUAUACAGUCUCACUAUGUCCUGUGCUGUUGUUAGCUUUGAUAAAUUAAUUAUAAUUUUGUUUUGUGUUUAUCGCUUGUGGUUCACUGAGGUUUCAUGUCCCACAACUGUGCACAAUUUUGAUUUGUUUACACAAGAAUGAAAAUGAAAGUGUUUGCGAAAAGCCUGAAGGGUUAGUUCACCCAAAUAUUAAAAUUGUAUCAUUUAUGUACCUGCAUGUAAUUGCAAACCUGCAUUACUUUUUUUUUUUUUUUUUUUUUUUUUU